AUGGCCUCAGCGACGACCACUCCAGUCGACUCUCACCACCGCGCCUCCUCGCACUCCCACUCUCGAAGUCGAUCAGGCGCAAUACCGUCGCGACCGACAACGCCUCUCCGACCUCCCUCCCGCACAAGUCUACGCGCAUCGCAAACCACACCUACAGCAGGCGCAGCAUUAGGCGGCAAUGAUUUCCCGCUCACCACCCUCGAACCUGCGUUUGGCGAGCUCAGCGACGCCAUGGCUGAUCUGGAGGCCAACAUGAUGCAUCUCCAACUGCUGAACGAAUCCAUCUCGCGCUUCAAUGAGAAUUUCGGUGCCUUUCUGUACGGCAUGAACAUGACAGCGUUCUGCGUCGACUUCCCAGAAGCUCCCAUCCCACAAUCGUUCACGCGGCACACUUCCUCCUCCAAUCAUCUCGAGAACUCGCCUUUUCCGCAACGAAGGAAUGCGCCUCCCGAUAACGAAGCGACCUUCAUGACGACUGAUACAUCGUUUGUCAUGAAUCCUCCUACGAGCAGUAAGCCCAGCAGCAAGUAUAGCUCUGUGCCUCCUUCGACGACGAACUCGAGAGGCGGCGCAGCCUCGGCGAGAGGUCCUGCAGCAAGAGGCAGAGCUGGCGGAAGUGGUAUUGCGCGUGGUACUAGUACUAGAGGUGCGAGAGGUGCGGCUGCUGGACGAGGGAGUGGGAUCGCGAGGGGCGUUGGGAGAGGGAGGGGCGUGAGAUGA